AUGUCAGAAUACUUUGAAGUUAUGAAUGAAUUAGAAAAUUAUAUGCUAACAGACGAAGAAGAAACAUUAGAAAAUGAUAAUACACAUUUCAUGUCUAUUGGAGAUUCUAAUGAAUCUGCAUCUCACGAAUAUAAACAAGAAAUUGAUAGCAGUUUUCAUUUGAUUGGGACAGAAACAGAAACAUAUGAAUACUGUUCUGAAAGUAUUAUUUCUCUAGAACAGUCUGAAAAUGUUAAUAGUGGAACCAUAACUUCUCAGACCACGAAAAACACAUUAAAAAACCAACAAAUCGUACUUGAACCGGAUAAUCCUCUCAUGUUAAAAAUUCAAAAUAUAUUAAAAAUACAGUUGUUGAAACAAAAGGAAAACAUUAAAAAAGAAAUAUUAACUCUUGUAAGGAUAGUUAAAACUAAAGAGAAAGAUAAGUCUUCGGCUAUUGACCUGAUUAAAAAUUCAAACUGUCGAGUCACAGCUCAGCAAAAACUAUUGAAUGACUUCCAUCGAAUGAAAGUGGAAUUGGAAACAGUAAAACAAAAGUUGAAAAUGAGUAAUGAACAACAAAUGAAAAACUACAAAGAAAAUUUCGCAAAAACUGCAGACGAAGAAAAAAAAUUUUUGGUUUUAAAAAGACAAAUAGAAUGCAGUCGUGGAUUUCUAAACGAACUUACUAAGUAUGAAAAAGAACAAGAAAUCACAUUUAAUAAGUGUAAUCAAACGAAAUAUCAAACAAACCAGUAUAAGAAAAAAAUAUUAAAUAACGAACAAAAACAGGAUUUGUUGUUAAUGACUUUAACUCAAGAAAAUCUUCGGUUGGAAGAUCGUAUUAAACAAUUAGGUGAACAAGCAGAGAAAAAAUAUAAUGAAAGCGAACUACUGAGACAAAAAGUUAUGGACAAUUCAAUAGGUCUCGAUGCUAUUAAUAAAGAUAAUGCCAAGUACACAUUGUUAUGGAAUGAAGUUAUAAUAAGUAUUCAACAAUGUGAAAAAUCCUCGCAGAAAAAAAAUAAAACUUUACAAGAAGAGAAAAAUAAAUAUCAUAUAUUAUUAACUGAGUACUACAGUUACAAACGCAGUUUAAAAAACGAAUGUCAACAAAACGAAAAAUUGCUCAACUACUUGAAUAAAUUUACACAAAAUCAAAAUAAUUUACAAAAAGGGUUUAAUACAUGUUUAGAAAAUUUAAACAAUUUGAGAGAUAAGUAUUUCAAUCUUUUAAAAAUGACGGAAAUCGAAAAUCAAAACUUAGAUGAAGUGAUAUUUGAACAACAGUCUGUUCAAAAUGAACUAGAUCAAUUAUUGCGUUUAAAAAAUAACAUAUCAAAUCAAAAAUUAAAAUAUGAAGAUCAAAUUUUAGAGGAAUAUAAUAAUCAAACAAUUACUGAUAAUUAUUGUCAAAAAAUGAAUAGCAAUAUUUUAGAUUUAAAAAAAAAAAAUAAUGAAAACGAGUUAUUAUUAGUCAAGAUUGAGAACGAUGUUUGUCUAGAUCAAAUAAAAUUAAAACAAUAUCGUACUACAACUUAUAAUUUAGAAAAUCAAAUAAAAGAACUCACCAAAGAUCUGGAUCAACAAGAUUCGUACAUUGCUUCAUUGGAUUCUAAACUUAAGAAGCUAGACACAGAUAUACAAAUUAAAUCAAACACGAUUGAAUCGGAAUUCAAAGAAUUAGAAUUAUUGAAAAAAAAACAUGAAGUUGGUGAUGUUAUGACUCCACAAAUGCAAAUUGAUCAUGUUAGAAGUAACAUUAAUGAUGUAAAAAAAGAAACCAAUAUCAUAAAACAAUAUUGUAUUCAAAAUCAAAAUAAAAAUGUACAAUUAUUGAAUGAAAAAAAUAAACAAAUUUUUGAACUUAAUAAAAUGCGUGAAUAUGAUAUACAAAAUGUUAUAAAGAGUAGAAAAGUUGAUCACGAAAUUGGUGCUUUAUCUAAAGAACUUGAUCAAUAUAAACGAACUCUUACGUAUAUGAGAAAUAAAAUUGUGGUAUAUAAUGAUGUUUUUGGUAAAAAUAAAGGAAGAAGUAGUCAACUUUUAAACGAAAAUGAAUGGAUACAAAAUUCUGCUUUAGUUGAAUUAAAGGAAAAUGAAAAACAAUGUUUGGAAUAUAUGGACCAUUUGAAAUUGUUGAAAAAUGAAUUGAAUGAAAUGAAAAAAACAUAUAUUGAAAAACAACGGGAAAGUAAAUCGUGGGACAUUAAAGUCCAGUCGCUUGUUGAAAUUAAAACAGAACUAAAAAAUAAACAAGGAAUUUUUGGCGACAUUGAUGCUACACAAAAAGAAAUACAUAAAAUGCAGAUAAUAGAAAGUAAAUUAAAAAAAAUAUUGGACAAAAUAAUGAUGGAUUUAGAAAAAUGCAUAUCGAAACGGGAUACGAUUUAUACUACAUUUGCAGCAAAAAAUAUUCGUUCAAAUGUUAAAAACGAUACUAAACAAAAAUUGUUGAAGAUCCUCGAUGAUUUGCGAAUAAAGAUAAAAAAAAUUAAAACUAAAUGUAAAAAAGUAGACAAAGACAUUAGUGAUGCACAAAAUUACAAAAUGGAAUUAGAGUGUAAACUUACACAUUUAAGAGAUAAAUUUAUCGACGUUGAACAAAAUACGGAUGAUUUAACAAAUAGUAUUGAAGAUAUGAAUGCUUUAAAACUUAAAAACUUUUAUAAAUUAAACUAUAAGCAAAAUUGCAUUAAAUUCUUGGAUGAAGUAAGAAAAGAAAAAUACCGUUUGCUGAUAAAAAGUGAAUCCAAAAUGAACGAAGCAAUUAUAGCCCAGCGUUUGAAAAAUUCCAACUUAAUAACUGUUGUGGAAUGUUUAAAAAACGAUUUUCUAUACUUGGAUGUUGAGUUAACACGUUUGUUAUUAAGUCUUAAGUCUAUUGAUGAUUAA